AGCAUUAUAUGAGUACUAUAACUGGUAAAAAAAUCAUAAUUCUCUUAGGUGUUAUUGAAGUACGACGAUAAAAGAGAAAUUAGGUCUUCCGGUCAGACGGGCCACUCUUAUAUAUAUAAAUACUAUAUGUGAAUAUAAAUUCAAAUUCUUCAUGUACUAAAAUACAUUGAAAGUUUGAAAAGUUAGCUUUUUAGCAUAAAAAAGAUCACAAACAGGGAUUUUUGGUCGUUGAAAAUCUCAUUUCCUAAGCUUUUUAAUGUACACACAGACACUAAUGAGGACCGAUCUCUUUUGUUUCCAUUUAUUCAACGGGAUUGCAAAUGAAUCGGUAUGAUUUUCAGUGAUUGCAUCUACUGAUUCCGAGUGACUCUAUUGACUCCAUGUGACUCUAUUGACUCCAAGUGACUCCAUUGACUCCAACUGACUCUAUUGACUCCAACUGACUCUAUUGACUCCGAGUGAUUCUAUUGAUUCUAUCAUUAUAGAAUCAGCUUUUUCCCCCUUGGAUCAAAUGCUAUUGAACACUAUUUAAGCAAUCAGAAUAUUUAUGGAGAAAAUUUCGUCAAGUCUUCUAUAAGGUGUUAAAGUACUACCGCUACUAACCCUAAGUACUUCAAGUGAAAACAAAACGAACUAUUUUAUUUACGUUUAGGUCAAAAUAAGUACUUCUAAUAUUAAAAUAACUUUAUCAGAAGAAAGUAAGAUUAUUUAUGAAUAAAAAAGAAUCAAGUAUUAAUAUAUAAUUAAUUAGUUGUAAUAUUAAUUAUGUAUUAAAUUAUCCAAAUAUAAAUUGGAAAUCAAUUCGUAUUAAUUCAUCAACACAAUCAUAUAUUUUAAAAGUCCUUUUGUUUUGUACAUCGAUACAAAAACUAAUCAAAUUUUAUUUUUCUAAUUUUACAUCAAGUGAAAUAAUUAAAGUUCGUACACUUGAAGGCACAGCAAUACGUACGCGAACAAUUAUUCAAUCUGAACCAGUUAAUUUUGUAGCAAUUAUGAUUAAAUGGCAAGGUUCAUCUUUAUCAUAA